AUGGUUCACGUUGAAGAAUCUUUGCAACUGCCCAGAGAUUUUGAAGGCUUUGGCGAAGAAAGCCAUGAUCCUCAAUGGCCAAAUGGUGCUCGUAUAGCCGUAUCGUUUGUUCUGAACUACGAAGAAGGCGGCGAGAGAAACGUCCUCGAUGGCGACGGAACCAGCGAGGCGUAUCUCUGGGAGAAAGGACCUUCUGGAGGUGGCAGAGAGCAUCGCCAUCUCAAUGGUGAGCAAGACUUCGAGUAUGGAAGUCGAUGCGGUGCUUGGCGUAUUCAUCGACUCAUGAAAGAGUUCGGAUGGAAGAUGACUCUUUGGGCCGUGUCUGUCGCAAUGGAGAGGAACCCUUCUUUUGCAAAAGCUUGCGUUCGUGAUGGCCAUGAGAUUGGUGCACACGGCUAUAGAUGGCUCGAUAUCUGGGAUUACUCUUUUGAAGACGACAAAGCUUACAUCAAGAAAAGCUGUCAGACUCUCGAGGCUGCCACUGGAGAGUUCCCAAGUGGAGCAUAUUUCGGCAGAGGAACACCAAACACCGCCGCUUUGCUGCCUCUCAUGUGGAAGGAGAUGGGCCACAAGUUGUUGUAUACAUCAGAGGUUUACAACGAGGAUUCGCCGUACUGGAUCGAUCUUCCAUGGGAGAAGGAGCUCCCAGAAGACAAGAAAGAGGGUAUGCUGAUGGUACCGUACAACUACGACUGUAAUGAUGGGAAGUUCCACAUGAGCCCAGGUUUCGUCAGCUCGGCCGGAGCGACUUAUGAGCAGUAUCUCAAAGAUGCAUUUGACUGCCUAUACCGCGAAGGUGGCAAAAUGAUGACGAUACCGAUGCACAGCAGGAUUGUGGGAAAGCCAGGCAGAUCAGAAAGUCUUCGAAGGUUCAUGAAGUACAUCUCUGAGAAGGAAGGAGUGUGGGUGACCACUCGCAGGGACAUCGCAACUCAUUACCGGGAAAAGUUUCCUUACAAGCCAGGGUCGAAAACUGGCGGCGACUGA